AUGCGUCUCCAGCGUGAGUCACGGGCGGAAGUCAUCGCUGCUUCACUGAGACUCGCACAGCACUCAACAUACGGACACACAGCUCUAUUUAUAUAUUCAUCCAACCGGGUUUACAUUGCCUCGAAAGUACAUUUGUUUGUGUUGCUUUUGGUAUUUGUACUUAAGUGCGAAGAUACGACACAAGGAAACAACUGAAAGACGAGUUGGGCUGUGACCACAACCCAGCUUCCAAGAAAAAAAACCCCUAAAAAGAUCACCCCUUUCUUAUUCUGCCCUUUGAAGAAUGAGCUUUCUUUUUGGUAACCGCUCAUCCAAGACAUUCAAGCCCAAGAAGAAUAUCCCGGAGGGUUCCCAUCAGUAUGAGCUGUUGAAACAUGCAGAGGCAACACUGGGGAGUGGAAACCUGCGCAUGGCAGUUAUGUUACCUGAGGGUGAAGAUUUGAACGAAUGGGUCGCAGUCAACACGGUGGAUUUCUUCAACCAGAUAAACAUGCUCUAUGGGACUGUCACAGAUUUCUGCACAGAGGAGAGCUGUCCAGUUAUGUCUGCUGGCCCCAAAUAUGAGUAUCACUGGGCUGAUGGAACUAACAUCAAGAAGCCAAUAAAAUGCUCCGCUCCUAAAUACAUAGAUUACCUCAUGACCUGGGUACAAGACCAACUUGAUGACGAGACACUAUUCCCUUCGAAGAUAGGAGUCCCUUUUAAGCGUAACUUUAUAACCGUGGCAAAGACCAUCCUGAAGCGCCUGUUUCGGGUGUACGCUCACAUCUACCACCAGCACUUUGAUUCCGUCAUGCAACUGCAGGAAGAAGCUCACCUAAACACCUCAUUCAAACACUUUAUCUUUUUUGUUCAGGAGUUCAACCUCAUUGACAGGAAAGAGCUUGCCCCACUACAAGAGCUGAUUGAAAAACUGACAACCAAGGAUAGAUAAAUAUAUGUACAUUUUUUUAUCUAACUGGUUUUCUUGUUUUGCACAGAUACCCCUUAACCCUGGUUGUAUGGAUGCAGUAUAACAUUUCCAUUUGGGGAAAUGUUUAACACAAGGCCAGGGUUGUAGAGGGGUUUAUUAAGGGUUAUGCACCAGGGGAGUCUAUCAGGGAUUAUAGUUAUCCAAGCUGUAUUGCAAAAGAAUACUAAACAUUUAAUUGAGAUACAUUUACUUAGUCAUAGACCUGAACACUAUCUUUUUUUGUUUUUGUUUUAAUAUCAGACCACAUUUGAGAAAGUACAGUGAUGCAGAUUCAGUUGCCCCUGUCAACAAGUGCCUAGCAGGGCUCGCAUUGGUUGUAUCUAAUAACCAAAAACUCAGAAGUGAAGAUAUUAAAAUAGAUAAAAUGCUAACUUUCAUAACUAGGAAUACAUCACACUUUCUAUCUUUUCCCUAAAACUUAAAAUGAAAUAAAUGUACCUGCACAUUUGUGUUUUGGGGGUUCCACGUUUCCCUUAAAUUAUCCUUGAUUAUAACAGGCUGAAUAGAAAUAUACAUAUUUUAUCUUUCCAAUACUACAAGAAAUAUGUACAGAGUGAUGUAACCAUGUAUCAAGAAAAAAAGAAAGAAAUACCGACUCUGAAGUGGUGGUGUGUAGAAAGAGCCCUAAUAGAAUUUGUAUUGCAUUGAAAAUGAUUGUGCUGAUAUCUCUCUAGUCAUAAAGCACUUUUACCCAAUGUCCUAACCUAAUUGAAUGUUUAUUCUGCAUAGGCUCUACUCUGAGACUGACCCUUGUUUCACUUUGUGUUCUCUAUAAUGGACCUAAGAACAGUUUCUUGGGUCUGUGGCUGUCUUCUUAAACAGCAAAAGUAUGUUAUUUCUUGCUUUGUAACAAUACUAUGCAAAAUUGGACACGACACAAAAAGCGCCCUGGUUCACUAGUUCAUGCUGAAAGCCUUUUUUACAUUUGAGUGCGUGUAUGCUGGCUUUUCUUUGACGACGAUAUUUUAUACACAUCAUCAAGGGUUUCUCUCUUAAACAGUGAGCAUGAAGUGAGUUUAUUAUGUUGAAUGCUUUCGCUGGCUAGAUUACUGACGCCACUUUGGUUUUGAGAUUGCACACUUUUAUGAAUGUUACUGCUUACCCGAUAUACAAAUUUUGUCAUUCAAGCAUCUCGACAUGUUCUGUUCUCUAAUUUAGUUAUAAUCCUGACUGUAAGGUUUGUAAAUAUGGCUUAGUAAAACUUUUCAAUUACUAGAUUUAAUGAUGCUGUUGACAAGACAAAUAAAAGUGGUCUUGACUUGA